AUGCACUUGUCUCUGCAAACGCAGCAGCUGUUCUCCGCGUUUUCCGUUUGUCUCAUCACUGAACAUGGAUGUUUCAGUUCCUGCUUACGAGUAGUUUGGUGAAAGGUGGCGGCUGAUUUGAGGAAUCCUGCAAGGUGUUCAUGCUGUGCAUUUGAAAAGGAGUGUUUGCAAAAGUUGAAGAAAGUUUGAGACGCGCACUGGUAGCGGGAAACACCUUGCGCUUUCGACUCGAGACAUCUGGGAAGUGAAGUAGCCGCGGGAAGCAAAUACACGUAAUUGAAAGAAGGGCUUGCAGGUGUGAUUGGAGUGGCGAUGGAGUGGCGUCAGCAGUCUUCAUUCAGCUGUGAGCUUGCAUUCCAGGAGGCUCAAAGGUGGAUUGAGGAAGUGACUAAAAAGAGUUUUGGAAGCAAAUCUUUUCGAGUGGCUUUGGAGGAUGGAGUUCUUCUGUGCGAUCUGAUCAACACACUAAAGCCUGGCAUCAUCAAACGACUUAACAGACUCUCCACUCCUAUUGCAGGCUUGGAUAAUGUGAACGUGUUUCUCAAGGCUUGCAAGAAGCUAGGGCUCAAUGAAGCACAACUAUUCCAUCCUGGAGACCUGCAGGAUGUCUCCACACGUGUGACUGUCAGACGUGAAGAGACAAACAGAAGACUAAAAAAUGUUUUGAUAACUAUAUACUGGUUGGGGAGGAAGGCCCAGUCUGAUCCGUUUUACACCGGACCACAGUUGAACCUGAAAGCUUUUGAAGGUUUACUUGGCAUAGCAUUAUCUAAGGCUCUGGAGGAGUCGGCACAAUCCAGGUUGAGCGUGAGGGACAGUGGGUAUUCGGAAGGCUGGUUCUCUGACCGAGAGGAGCUGUACAGUGUGAAGCAGCCGAGCUACAGGAGGGAGGAUUCAGUGGAGAGCCUGGACUCAGUGGAGUCUCGCACACUCAGCGUGGCUUCAGACCUCACACUCAGAGCCGGCAGUGAAGGUUGCUGUAGUGACGCAGAAGCAGAGCAUUUCUUCAGGAUGGCAGAAAGCAGUAAAAGUGGUGCCCCCAUCAGAGAGAAGGCACAUGUGCCGGCUGUCCUGAGGAAGAAAAGGCAGGAUUACCAGCAGGGAAGCAGGAGUUAUGCAGGCCACCUAACCAGUGAAAGUGGGCAUGGCUUAUGCCAUGACCUCCCUCCUGCCUCUGCCUUCCUCCAAUGGGCAAGCAGUUACCAGAGUGACAGUGACUCUGACUCAGACCGGCCUGAAGCAGACCCUGAGCAGGACGAUCUAGCAAGUCGCAGAUUUCGCUCCGUAACCUCUGCGGCUCCAGUGAACUUUGCAAUCCCUUCAAAGCCUCAGGGCCCCAGGGUGACCGCUUAUGUGACCCCAAAUGCUGGGAAGUCAUGGCUCACCUUGUCAGAUGCCACACGAUCGAACCAGAGUUUGUCAUCUAUUCCCUCUGAAAAUGGAAGGACAGACUCUGAUUCAGCUAAUUUGGAGGAAGAGUUUCUUCAGCGAGUCCUGAGUAAUGGCACGAGUGACUCUGAUGAGGACAGAGGAUACGCUGAUCCUGUGCUUGAUGAUCUGUAUGCACGUCGAGUGCUUGUCUCUGAGCAUCAGACCUCCAUCAAUGCAAAUUCAGAUAAGUUCCUGCCCAAAUUCUGGACCCCUGAGGAAGACCUACACGUGAGAAAGAUCAGACUAGGGUCACAGCGCAGACCAUGGUAUAAGAAAAUGCAAGGUUUAAGAAGCAAGUCCAUGGGUGACAUCACAUUGGAGCCCAUACCACAGGAAUCUGAUAACAGCUCCAGCUUUGACUCUUUGGGGCCUCUUCAUGUUCACCAGAGGUCUGACGAAGAGCUGAGCCUCGAUCCCUCAGCCUUACAGAGGGUUCAAUACGAGCAGUUGCAGCACAUCCGACAGAGAAUGAAGGAAAAUGAAGCCAAGUGGCAUGAAGAUCUGAGCAGGUGGAAGAGCCGUCGGCGGAGCGCAAACUCAGACCUGCACAAAAAGCUUGAGGAGAGAGAGCAGAUUGAACUCAUCACCACUGCAGGAGGAGCCAGCGGCAUCAGGACUGCACACCUAACUGGAGUGCCAGAGGAGAGUUCCAGCAUGCCUGGACCCAUGAGUGAUGCAGGGUCCAGUGUCAGCAGUUCCGGGUGGUCCACCUCAGCUUCAGGCCUCGCGAAUGGGGCGACUUCUGCUUUGACUCGAGGCACUGUUGUGGAGACCUCUGACUCGGCUCAAAAGUGCACUGGUGUGCUCUCGAGCCAUCCGUCAGCUGUUGUCUCUGAGCAGACUUCUCAGAGCAGCCUGACCGCCGUGGAUGCAGAAAGCGACGAGCAGCAGGGGCCAGACUUCAGCCUUCGCUCCAGUCUCCUGGAGAGCUUUUAUGCAGGUGGAGCACGCAUGUCUGCCACUCUGCCCAGAGGUUUUAGGAGAUCAGAGGGUUGCUCACGUCUCUCCACAGGCGUCACACCACGUCCGUUUGGAGCCAAACCCUCCAAGAUGCCUACCCUGCCCAAAGUUUAUUCUGUGGACGACUCGCAUAAAAGCCUGAUCAGUGGUCACAGAGACCAUUCAGCCGUCCCCUCUUUUCUGGGCGGUCAAGGGAAGGUCACAGCCUCUGCUGGCAAGGGCCACUCUCGUUCAAGCACUCAUCCAAUCAACCCUAAAGAGGAAGAGACCAGAGAUGGAAGGUCAUCAGCACCUCCAAUGAACUCUUAUGCCACUAAAGUGACCAUGACCACGUCUAUCAUCCAAACAUCUCCUCCUGCCAUCUCAGAAAUCAGGGAUGUAAAGGUGGGUCAAAGUGAAAUGCGAGUCUGCUUGAAUCAGAAGCCUAACAGCGGGAGAGACUUUGGAUUCAAGGCUCACUGGGACUCAGUUGGUGCUUAUGUUAAAUCUGUUCAAGCAGGCAGCCCAGCAGAGUUAUAUGGUCUGCUGAUGGGUGAUGAGAUUGUGGCGCUGGGAGGACGCAGGGUGGAUGAAAUGAAUUAUGAGCAGUUCAAAAGCAGCAUGGAAACAGCACAGCAAAAUGGCACUUUAUUGAUGGACAUCCGACGGCACGGCCAGAAUGACUGGGGCAGUGGCCAACCUUCCCUACCAUACCAGAGCCAUAAGAUAAUCAAUUUGACAAGUGCCACUUCAACACUUAUAGGGCGACCUGAGCACUUUGUCCCCAUCAACACAAGCUCAAACUCUUCAGUGGAGACUGUGGGGAAGACACAGGUCAACGGACAGCCUGCCAAUGGAGU